AUGGAUGCCACCUUCAAGCUAAACCAAGUGGCGUAUCAUGUCAUCGUCUGUGGAGUGUCUGACAGAUGUCGGUCCUUCCACUUGGUCGCUCUGUUCAUCACUUCGCAGCGAUUGGAGAGGCUGUACGUGAAAGCGCUGUCAUCUCUUCACAGAGUAUUCACUGCUGUGACCGGCCAACAGCUGCUGGUCAACCGGGCUACAGAACGCAGUGAAUCAAGUGUUCGGUGUGAUGAAUAUCUCAUGUGCUUCUACCACGUGAUGGCCAAGAUUCAUGAAAAGCUCAAGGGAAUACCGGACAGCUUGUGCGAGGGUGUGGUCGCGGAAAUCUACGACCUUCACUUUGCGUCUUCAAAGGAAGUGUAUGACGAACAAAAGCAGAUUGUAGUGGCUUAA